AUGGCGUCCGCUGAAGGUCAUGCCAGCACUCCGCUCUCUCCCGACCUGGAGAAAAGGUCCUACCCUCCCUCCGACUCCCUUGAGAAGGAUUCUUCGAACGAAGAUGCUGCCGCGCUCGCCCGCCUUGGUAUGGACGAGCAAUCCUCAGACGGUCACGUGCAACGCAACCUCAAACAGAGGCACUUGUCCAUGAUUGCUCUCGGCGGUACCAUCGGGACUGGUCUCUUUGUCGGUCUCGGCGCCUCUCUUGCCAGCGCUGGUCCCGUCAGCACCCUCAUCGCCUACAUCAUCAUGGGCGGCGUCGUCUACUCGAUGAUGGUUGCUCUCGGUGAGGUCGGUACUCUCCUCGCUGUCCCCGGUGGCUUCACUCACCACGCCUCUCGCUUCCUCGACCCAAGUCUUGGCUUCGCUCUAGGCUGGAACUACUGGUACAGUUAUGGUAUCACCCUUCCCACCGAGAUCUCGGCUUCUGCCAUUCUCAUUCAGUACUGGGACACCACACAGUCUAUCAACCCUGCCGCCUGGAUCUCGAUCCUGAUCGUGCUCGUUGUUGGUGUCAACUUCCUCGGGGUUAGGUACUACGGCGAAACCGAAUUUUGGUUCUGUCUCAUCAAGGUGCUCGCCGUCAUUGUCCUCAUCAUCACAUCGCUCGUCAUCGACCUCGGCGGAGGUCCACGAGGCGACCGUCUGGGCUUCCGCUACUGGAAGGACCCCGGACCCAUGGCACAGCUCUUUUGGAGCCCCGACCCCGUCACUGGAAAGCCCACGGGUGGCAUCAGUGGCUCUUUCGGACGAUUCCUCGCUUUCUGGAACAUCUUCGUCCAAUCUGCGUUUUCGUUCGCGGGAACCGAGAUCAUAGGAGUAGCAAUCGGUGAGACCGAGAACCCCCGCAAGAACGUUCCCAAGGCGAUCAAGCGUGUGUUCUGGCGAAUCCUGCUCUUUUACGUCCUUGCCAUCUUUAUGGUAGGCCUAGUGGUGCCCUACAACGACCCUCGUCUUCUCGGCGGCGGAGACGAUGCUAGCGCUUCUCCUUUCGUGUUGGCGAUUUCCGACGCUGGCAUCAAGGUAAUGCCCAACAUCAUCAAUGCCGUACUCUUGAUCACAACAUGGUCCGCGGCCAACUCGGACCUCUACGCCUCGUCAAGGACCAUUUACGCGCUAGCGCUCGAGAACAAAGCGCCAGGGUUCCUCCGCAGAUGCACCAAAAAUGGCACACCCGUCUGGGCGAUCUUCGUCACCUCCCUCUUUGCGCCGCUCGCCUACUUGUCUUGCGGAGCAGGCGGUGCUCAAAAGGCCUUCAGCUACCUUUACGCCGUCUCGGCAAUCUCGAUCAUCAUCUGUUGGAUCGUGAUCUUGGCAGUUUAUGCCCGUUUCUACCACGGGCUCAAGUUCCACGGCAUCUCCCGCAGCACCUUGCCGUAUAGGGCACCCUUCCAGCCUUACCUGACCUACUUUGGCAUGGUCUUCCUCACCCUCGUGCUGCUCUUUGCCGGCUUCACUGUCUUCCUCAAGGGUCAGUGGAGCACCAGCGGCUUUGUCACCACCUACAUCUGCAUUCCCGUCUUCUUCGCCUGCUGGAUCGGAUGGAAAUUCUGGCACAAGACCAAAUUCGUUAGCCUCUCGCAGAUGGACUUCGACACGGGUCGCAGGCAGAUCGACGACAACGAGGAGGCGGAAAGGAUCAAGGAGUCGCAAAAGACACGAUCAACACUUGAACGCGUGUGGGACUGGAUGAUGUGA